GUGGGAGGUGGAGAGGAGUCAGGAAGAGUCCAGCAAAGCAAAGAAGGACAGAGCCACAGCCAACAACAAACAGAUCCCUGCCCAAGAAACUAAAGGGAGAAGAAGCCAGAGCCUGGAAACAGAGAUUCACUACUCCCCAAGGAGAGAAGCACGUGGAAGCUUUGGGUUUUGGAAGCGAAUCACAUGCGUAUCAGAGAAGGAAAGGAACGGCAGCCAUUUUCCCAGUGGAGCAGGAGCGAUUGUUAAUGUUUUCCUCUAAAGACACGAUUUAUGCAUGAUCCAGAUGGCCAACCUUGAGGACCAGUUCAUUUUUUUAAUUCCUUGUGUUUAGCAAAUGAUUUUAUGUUUUAACUUUCUUUUUUUUAAAUGGAUAGGGACAUUACACCGAUGCUGUUGGAAGGCACUAAAUAUGCAGUCUGAGCCAAAACUAAUCUUAUUACUCUGGAGACAAUAGGGUGCCUUUCAUAUUGUUUCCCAAUGUUGAUUUAGCAGCUACUCCUAUUGUUGAAUGUAAUGUACUAGGAGUAAACACCAUUGUGUUGGAAGGGGGCAGCUUGUGUAUAGCCCUGUGGAGUGUCGUGUUCCUAUAGGUUGUGAUUUCCAGCAGAAAUAAGGUUUUUAUACUUCAGUGUACAAAAUGCGCAUACUUGUACAGUUCACUAAGCGACACCCGUGGUUGACCAACGUGACCAUUUAUGGCUCCCUGUUCGCCUCAGCCGACAUUGUACAGCAGAAACUGUCCAAAAGCCCAGGGGAGCCCAUCGAUUUUAAACAGACUGCAAAAGUAGGAAUUGUUGGAUUCUGCUUCCAUGCCAAUUUCAACUUCUUCUGGUUGAGGUUCAUAGAGAGGACGUUUCCGGGCUCAGCUCCACUAAAUGUCAUCAGGAAGGUGGCGUGUGACCAGCUGAUGGCUGCACCAAUCACAAUCAGUGCUUUUUAUACAGGCUUAAGUCUUCUGGAUGGAGAAAGCGAUAUAUUUAAGAACCUGAAAGAGAAGUUCUGGCCAACAUACAAGACAGGAGUAAUGUGCUGGACAGUAUUUCAGACCAUAAACUUCAGCGUGAUUCCCCCAUUUGUCCGAACUGCCUAUAUUGGAGUAUGUGCCUUCUUGUGGACCACAUUCCUCUGCUACAUUCGUAACCGAGACAUUAAUGAAGUGACUUCAAGGCUUCUCCAUGCCGUACCGAGCAUACGUGGGAAAGUGGCUUUCCAGCAGGACAAGGACGACAACAAAACAGACACUAAAUGAAUAUACGGUUGCUUAAUUAUAAAUCCCUUAAUAAACUAAUACUGCUGGGUA